AUGUCGCUGAAGAUCCAAGAACCUAUCAUCACGUCUGUGACCGAGCUCUCACCCACCGACUCCAAAUGGGUUACACUCAAAAAGCUCACCUACAUCGACCAGACCGGCAAGGAGCGCACAUGGGAGGUUGCGAUGCGCAAGACCCGCGCCGCUUCGGCAGGCGUGGACGCGGUGGCAAUGGGCAACGUGCUGCUACAUCCGGCGCGGCCACCUGCCACCCUGCUGGUGAUCCAGUACCGACCGCCACUGGACGCAUACACGGUUGAGUGGCCGGCGGGGUUGAUCGAUGAGGGAGAGACGCCGGAGCAGGCGGCAGUUCGCGAGUUCCGCGAAGAGACGGGGUAUGAGUGCGAGGUGGUCAGCGUCAGCCCCGUGCAAGCGGCCGAUCCGGGGUUGAGCAACGCGAAUAUGCAGCUUGUAAUGGUGGAAGUGAAGCUGGGGGAGAAGGACGAGCUGCCGGAGCAGAGGCUAGAGGAUGGUGAGCAUAUCACGCGCGUGGUGGUGCCGUUGGCGGAAUUAUAUGACCGGUUGGUGGAGUAUAGCAAGCAGGACCGGACAAUUGUGGCAGCAAAACUGUUCCAUUUCGCGGCUGGGAUGCACUUUGCAAAGACUCAGGCUGCAAAGUAUGGACUAUGA